AUGGGUUUAUUGAUAAUCUUUUUAAUUUUAAUUUUCAAUAUUCGUAUUAUUCGAACUAAACCCCCACUAUUAACAAGCUAUGAUGCUCAAGUAAAUGAUUUAUUAAGUAAAAUGACUGAUGAAGAAAAAGUUGGUCAAAUGACACAAAUCACUAUAAAUUUGAUAUUAAAAGAUCCAAGUAAACCACCACAGGAAAUUGAAGUUGAUCCUGUUAAAUUAGCUACAGCUAUACAAGACUAUAAAGUUGGUUCUAUUUUAAAUGUAGCUGAAACAGGUGCUUAUAGUCUUACUCAAUGGCAUACUAUCAUAGAAAAAAUACAAGAUGAAGCAAAUAAAUCUCGUUUAAAGAUUCCAGUUUUAUAUGGUAUUGAUUCUAUUCAUGGUGCUAAUUAUAUUCAAAAUGCUGUUUUAUUUCCACAAGCAACUGGUCUUGCUGCAACAUUUAAUACAACAUUAGCACAUGAACUUGGUCGAAUAGUUGCACAUCAAACACGAGCAGCCGGAAUUCCAUGGAGUUUUCACCCACAAGUUGAUAUUGGCCGUCAAAAAUUAUGGCCACGAUUAUGGGAAACAUUUGGUGAAGAUGUAAAAGUUACUAAAGAUAUGGGUCGAGCAUAUACUGAAGGUAUGCAAGGUGAUGAUUUAACAUCACGUGAAAAUGUAGCUGCUUGUCUUAAACAUUAUGUUGGUUACGGACAACCAUUAUCUGGUCGUGAUCGAACACCAGCAUGGAUUGAUGAUCGACAUAUGCUUGAAUAUUUUUUACCACCAUUUGAAGAAAGUGUUCGUGCUGGUGCUGUUUCAGUCAUGAUUAAUUCCGGUGAAGUUAAUGGUAUUCCUGGUCAUGCUAAUUAUCAUUUAUUAACUGAAAUUCUUAAAGAAACAUAUCAAUUUGAUGGAUUUACUGUUUCAGAUUGGGAAGAUAUUAAACGUCUUCAUUUUCGUGAUCAUACAGCUGAUACACCUAAAGAAGCUGUUCGUCAAGCAGUCAUGGCUGGAGUUGAUAUGAGCAUGGUACCAUUUGAUUAUUCAUUUUAUAAUUUAACACUUGAAUGUGUCAAAGAUGAAUCAAUAUCACGAUCACGUUUAGAUGAUGCUGUACGUCGUAUUCUUCGUGUUAAAUACGCAUUAGGUUUAUUUACUGGAAAAAAUGCGUGGCCUGAUAGUUCAGCAUUAGAUACUUUCAAUAAACCUGAAUAUGAUGCAACUAAUCUUCAAGCAGCACGUCAAGUAAUAACUUUACUUAAAAAUAAUGCAAAUAUUUUGCCAUUAGAUAAUACAAAAAUAACUGAAACAAAUAAAUUGAUAAUUACUGGUCCUACAUCAAAUGUUCUUACAUCACUUAAUGGUGGUUGGUCAUAUACAUGGCAAGGAAAUGAUCAAUCAAUUUAUCCAAAAAAUUUAACAAAUAAAACAAUUUUAGAAUCAUUUCGAAAACAUUUAGGUUCAGCAAAAAUUGAUUAUUAUAAUAGUUCAUCAUUUAAUCAAUUAUAUAAUAUUGAUAAUUUAUUAAAUGCUGCUCAAUCUGCUAGUUAUAUAUUAGUAUGUCUUGGUGAACAAGCUUAUACAGAAACACCAGGAAAUAUAAAUGAUUUAGUAUUAGAUAAUGCUCAAUUAGAAUUAGUUGAACAAAUUAAAAAUCGUACACAAGCACCAAUUAUUACAGUUCUUGUACAAGGACGACCAAGACUUAUUCGACGUAUUGUGGAUUUAUCAUCAGCUAUUCUUAUGAUGUAUUUACCCGGUAUGGAAGGUGGUCAAGCACUUGUUGAUGUUUUAUUUGGUGAUUACAAUCCAAGUGGACGAUUACCAAUAACUUAUCCAAAAUAUAAUCAUCAUUUAUCAACAUAUGAUUAUAAAUGGGGUGAAGUAGAGGUCGGUAAUUAUAUUGAUGUAGAAUUUAAAUUUGGACAUGGUUUAAGUUAUACAACAUUUGAUUAUUCAAAUCUGAAUGUACCAACAACACUUGAAUGGAAUGGUGAUUUAACUAUUACAUUAAAUGUACGUAAUAGUGGCUUAAGACAAGGUGAUCAUACAGUACUUUUAUAUGUUUCUGAUAUUUAUCGAUCAGUUACACCACCAAAUAAAGAGUUAAAAGGUUAUACAAAAUUAUCAUUUGGAGUAGGUGAACAAAAACAAGUUCAAUUUACUCUUAAUCGUAAUGAUUUAUCAUUCAUUGGUAUUGAUUUAACUCGUCAAACUGAACCCGGCCUUUUUACUGUAACUGUUGGUGAUUUACAAGCUAAUUUUACAUUACUCGCCGGGCAGGGAGGUUUAUCAAAUUAA